CUCCUCCUCUGCCUGUUUUGUUCUUUGUCCGCGAAGCGCUGAAGGCGCCGAUCCCGGCCGGUCAUGCUGAUGAGCAGUAGGCUGAAGCGCAUCUUGCGGCUGGUGCCCGGGAAGCAGCGCUUCGGCGUUUACAGGUUCCUGCCCUUCUUCUUCCUCCUCGGGGGAGCGAUGGAGUGGUUCAUGAUUAACGUCCGCAUUGGCAAGGAGACCUUCUAUGAUGUUUACCGAAGGAAACGAUCUGAGAGAGAGUAUGAGGCGAGGAUGGCAAAAAAUGAGCUUUAGCUGAAACACUUCAAGGUGAAGGUCCUUCAUGCUUCAGCUGUGUUAAUAUCAGAAAAAGCAUUGCCACCACCGUGAUGGUAGGGGAAGAUUUUGUCUCUGCAAGAUGAAUUGUCAUCCAGAAGUUUGUGUAAUACACUCUCAGAUGGUUUUGGCAGUUUUAUUCUUCUUCCAUCUACUUUGUAUCUGUAGUGCUUCGUAUUUAAGCCAAAUACAGUAGCAAAAAGUUUGUUGUGUUUAGGUCUCUGCUAUUUAUUUAAUGUUAGUUUAGUACUUUUAAAUAAAUUAAGUGAACAGA